CUUCAGAAUCGAUUCUCUGCCAGAGGCGGAGAAACACAUGGUGCAUUUAAGUUAUGAGGGGCAUGAUGGAGAUUUGCCACUUCAAACAUAACAUAACCCUAAAUCGAUAAAUGCUUCAAUCGCACAACCCUUCAUUUUCUUUGGAAUCUAAGAUCUUGCAACCUCCAAAUGGUGAAGGAGAUCUGAUCUCAGGUGUGAAGGAUGAUCGACCAAAGGUAAUACCCAAUUUCAAAGCAAGCUGAGGGAUCGAAGUUGUCUCUUUCAUGCUUACUAGUUGACACGGUUAAAAGCUUUCAUGGGGUGAGAGAGGUCAUGCACAGUUUCAAAUCUCAAGACAAUCAUAUCUUCCCUUCGCAGAGGAAUUAGUGGAUUCAAAUCCAAUGGAGAACAAAAUGUGGUGAUCUCAUUUUCUUGUGGUUGCUCAACUUCCAUAGACUUCAUGACAGAAAGAUAUUGAUGGUUGAAGGGAAAGCCACAAGAGAGAUGGUACAUAAUAGUGACAGUGAAGAAGAUGAGACAUUCUACUACCGAUACUCUUCUGCUGCUCCCUCUUCCUCAGGAGCAGAACAUCACUCCUCCAAGACCACAAAGAAAUCUGGUGGCAGUGGCGGCCUAGCCCCAUCAAAAUCAACGGUUUACGUGAGCAAUCUGGACUACAGCCUUACCAACUCUGACCUUUUCACCAUCUUUUCUACCUUUGGCAAGGUUGCAAAGGUCACUGUUCUCAAAGACCGUGUCACCCGCCACAGUCGUGGUGUUGCCUUUGUCCUCUUUGUCUCACAAGAUGAUGCUCGCAAAGCUGUUCAAGAGAUGCAUGGAAAGAUCUUGAACAAAAGAACCAUCACCGUCUCAAUCGCCGCUGACAAUGGUCGAGCCCCCGAGUUCAUACGGAGAAGGGUCUACAAGGACAAAACUAGGUGCUACGAGUGUGGUGAGGGUGGCCAUUUGUCUUAUGAGUGUCCUCGUAAUCAGCUUGGGCCACGGGAGAGGCCUGAGCCAAAGAGGGUAAGGAAUGGUCAGGCAGGGAAGGGAGCAAGGCAAUGGCAAACAGAUGGUGGUGAUGAUGAUGAUGAUAAUGAGUCAGAUGGUGCAGAGGGCUUUGAGGAUGAUAAUUGGGCAUCUGUGGUUGACACUAGAGGGGCCAAUGAGAGGAUUAUGAAAGAAACUGAGGGGAUUGUAGAGAAGAAGAAGGAGAUGAAGGAGAAGAAAUCAAGUUAUUUUAGUGACGAGAGUGGCGAGGAUGACUAAUUUGGUUUCUGUUUCUAGGAAAUUGAAAUUGACAAGAUGUUAAUAGAAGAACCAUUUUUUCUGUUUUUUUUUCUUCCCUUUGGAUGUAAAUUGGUUUCUGGUUGAGCUGUGUCUGAAGAAUUGACUCUUUCAACUUUGAUAUGGUUUUCUGGGUGAAGUAUUAUUGGUACAGCUAGAAGCAAUGUUCUACAACUAAAUUUGAAUAUCACCCAUAUGUUUUGCAUGUCCAAA